GAGAGAGCGAGCGAGCGAGAGAGAGAGAGAGAGAGUCAUGGAGCCUCAUCACCACCCCCCUUCCCAGGGGUUGACCCAGGAGGAGAUGGCAGAGCUGGAGCCGGUGAUUCGAGCGCAUCACACCUUCCCCCCCGCGCCGGGGACGUGCACCUCGCUCAUCACGCAGCACAUCGACGCGCCGCUGCGCGCCAUCUGGCCCGUCGUCCGGAGCUUCGACAGGCCACAGCGCUACAAGCACUUCAUCAAGAGCUGCAACGUCGUCCAUGGCGACGGCGGGGUGGGUAGCGUCAGGGAGGUCACCGUCGUGUCGGGCCUGCCGGCGUCGACCAGCGUGGAGCGGCUGGAGAUCCUGGACGACGACCGCCACAUCCUCAGCUUCCGCGUCAUGGGCGGGGAGCACCGGCUCAGGAACUACCGGUCCGUCACCUCUGUCACCGAGUUCCACAAGGAGGGGAAGGCCUACACCGUGGUGCUGGAGUCGUACGUGGUGGACGUGCCGGAGGGGAACACGGAGGAGGACACCAAGAUGUUCACCGACGUCGUCGUCAAGCUCAACCUGCAGAAGCUUGCGGCGGUGGCUAUGGCCUCCUCCUCGUGAGACCGGCUGCCCUCUUUUCUCUUUUCCUCUCUCUUCUAUUGCACUCCUUCAUUUGAAUCGAAUGGCUGGAUCGUGUUUCUCUCU